AGCCGCCUAGCUGAAAUUUUAUGACGGAUCAUAGCUCGACAGAAAUCCGACGGGGCUUGGCUGCGAGUCAGGUGUGGGGCACGGGCGCGCUGUGGAAGACAGGCUAGCUUCGGCAAGCUCCAGGGUUCCCCAGCCGCUGCGCAGAGGUGUGACCAGGAAUUUGCGACGGCCCUCCUCGAUUCGCGACACCGGAGUGCAACAUCGACGUCGCCUCUCGCAACAGCCUCUUCUCAAAAAGCUUACAUCAUGGCCUCCGACGAGGUACCAAACCCCAUGGCCGAGUCCGGCGUCACAAUUCCGUCCGACAGCGAGCAGUACUCGGGCGCCGAAGACGUGUCCACUUCACCGCCCUCGUCGUCAUCCCCCGCCGUCAUUCUCUACCAGCCGCCGACUAUAUGGUCAAUCCUCCGCGGCGCCACGAUCAACCUGUUUCUACCCUUCAUUAAUGGCAUGAUGCUAGGUUUUGGGGAGCUCUUUGCACACGAGGCUGCGUUCAGGCUAGGGUGGAGUGGCACAAGAGUAAGUUCCGCUCUCGUCCUUCUCCCUCCCGUCUCGGAAACAGCAAGCUCACAUGCAAUAGGUAUUUCCGGAAACAAGAAAGCGCUCGCACCCCAUCGGACCUGGCAUCGAGGUCGUCGACAAACCAAGGCGGAGAAAUAUGCUGGAGGAUCUCGCCAGCCUCGAGUGAUGCGCGGCCGGCAAAGCCACCUCGGCGCGGACAAACACCAGCAAGGGAGAACUCACAAGGCACCUCGGUAUCAUGAGCCACCAGGUCUAUGGCACCGGUAGCCAGGCAGCAAAGAUGCAGCCGGGCGGCUGGAGGGAUAGCAGAUGAUGGAAUCGGUGUAAAAUACAGGUCGGCGAACUAGGGAACUUUGGAAGGACACGAGUUCUGCCUCCCGGCAGCCUGUGGUCUUUGCGGCUGUAAAUAAGGUAGUUACCUAGCUAUGGGAGCCCAGCAUAUAUAAUGCAGGCAACAAAAUACACAGGGCGAGGCAUAGACAACCGGGGCUCUCGAAAUUCACAACUUUACUCACUAUUCGUCUGCCGAGAGGGGAAUUCGAUGUGACGGGGCCUUGGCAGACGCGUCGUACAGUCGGUGCCAGCUGCCAUCUCAGAUGUGGAGACGGAUUCUGCGGCCGCUGCCAGCCGCCAGCCGAUGGCCAGAGCUUAGCGGCAGAAUCGGGCCAGAAAAUCCAAUCCACCU